ACUUUUGGAUCGGGGGACCUUGGCCAACACUUCGACCGCGAGACAAGGUGCUUCUCGCUAGGGUUUCCACUUUGCCUCCUGCUCGCCUGCGGAUUUGCUUGGGAUUUGGCUCGGGAGGAUGAGGCCUGUGUUCUGUGGAAAUCUCGACAACGAUACUCGCCAUACGGACCUUGACCGGCUCUUCUCUAAGUAUGGAAAGGUAGAUCGCAUCGACAUGAAGUCUGGAUAUGCAUUUGUUUAUUUUGAUGAUGAACGUGAUGCAGAAGAUGCCAUACACAGAGUUGAUGGUAUACCUUUUGGUUAUAGCCGACGCAGGCUGUCAGUUGAGUGGUCAAGGCAAGGAGAACGGGGGCGUGAUCGUGACAGUUCUAGACCAGCAGCAAAUACAAAGCCUACUAGAACCUUGUUUGUUAUCAAUUUUGACCCAAUUCGUACAAGAGUUAGAGAUCUUGAAAGGCAUUUUGAACCCUAUGGGACAAUUACUAAUAUUCGGAUCAGAAGGAACUUUGCAUUUAUUCAGUUUAAGACCCAAGAGGAAGCAACCAAAGCCAUUGAUAACACCAACAUGAGCAAGAUAUUGGACAGGAUGGUGACAGUCGAGUACGCCUUCAGGGAUGAUGACGACGGUGCUGACCAUGACCGUGAUCCACGUGAUAGCCCGAAAAGAGGUGGCGGUCACGGAAGGCAUGAUGAUAGAGGCUAUGGACGCUCAGACAGCCCUGCCUACCGAAGGGGUCGCCCAAGCCCAGACUACGGUCGAGCUAGGAGUCCUCUAUACGACCGGUAUGAUGCCCCCUCGUAUGGUAGGAGCAGGAGUCCCGAGUACAGUCGUAGUCGGAGGUGAGGACAGCAAAACUUUCUGGAAUCAGGUGCUUCCGUUCUCCUCAACGUCGGUAAAAUAGACAUGAAGCAUUUUGCAACGCGGCGAUCAAACGAAUGUCAGGACGAUAUUUAUCGAUGGUAUUUCAAUUAACUAAGAACAUCCUCAAUAUUAGUUGUAGUCGUAGUAGCAGCAGCAGCUUUUGGAAGACAUGGACAUGAUCUUGUGGCUGGUUGAUGGUAUCUUCAUUCCUCUGUAGACGGUCGUUUGCUUAUCUUGGACUAAGUGUACUUCGUCUGUUAAAAUAUUUCGCUGAGCCCAAUUAAAAUACGGGUUUUUAUCAAAAUGCGUACGUAGAAUAUGGUAGUUACCAAAAAAUGAAUUGGAGUUCUAUUUGUA